AACUACUUCUACUACUACUUGUUCAGAUUUUCAGCUGCUUUGGGUGAAGAGAUUUUUUAUAUCACUUUCCUUCCAUUUACCUACUGGAAUAUUGAUCACUCCGUAUCUAGAAGAAUGAUAAUUGUUUGGUCUAUAGUGAUGUACAUAGGCCAGGUCUCCAAGGACAUCCUGAAGUGGCCUCGGCCUCUCUCACCACCUGUCGUCAAGCUGGAAAUGAGGACGAACGCGGAGUACGGGAUGCCUUCCACCCACGCCAUGGCAGCCACAGCCAUCUCCUUCUCCUUUUUCAUUGCAACCAUGAACCAGUACAAGUAUCCAUUUGAACUCGGCCUGGUAGCAGCGUUUGUGUUUUCGACCCUGGUGUGUCUCAGCAGGCUCUACACGGGGAUGCAUACAGUCCUGGAUGUGAUCGGUGGAGCACUGAUUUCGGCCGUGCUGCUCAUGCUCUUGUAUCCUGCGUGGGACAUGAUAGAUCACUUGCUGUUAACUAGUCCCUUUUGCCCACUGCUUUCCAUAGUUGUGCCUCUUGUCUUAUGUUACAACUACCCCAAACUAGACUAUUAUAGCCCUACUAGGGGAGACACCACUACUAUCUUAGGAGCAACAGCUGGAGCAACUGUGGGAUUUUGGUUAACCAACCAGUACACUGCACCAGUCUAUGCCAGCAAAAGUUUGGAGCUUGGAUUUCCUCUGAUCACCAGCAGAUUGGUGGUUGUGCUAGCCAGGUUCUUUGUAGGCAUCUUAGUUGUUCUACUGACACGCUGGCUCAUGAAGAGCGUGGUCCUUGGUGCACUGGGUUAUCGGUACAAGUUUCCCAUUCGUGACCUGGAAGCCCGGAGACGACUGGAAGUUGAAGUGCCCUAUAAGUUUAUCACGUACUCCUCAGUUGGCUUCACAGCUACCGUGAUUGUGCCGCUGCUGCACGAGCUGUUGGGGCUGAAGUGAGCUCAGCACCUUCCUCACUGAGCGACGGGCGGCACCACCACUUCAGAGACGCGAGAACUCCAUCAAGGCUGGUAACUUGACCAAAAAGUGUUUUGUGCCUUUCUGCACUGGUGUAGUGGGUUGACUCUGGCUGGCUGCCAGGGGUUCACCAAAGCCGCUCUAUCACUCCUCAGCUGGGCAGGGAAAGGAAAAUAUAAUGAGAGGGUCAUUGGUUGAGAUAAAGACAGGGAGAGAUCUCUCAGCACUUACUUACAGUCACAGGCAAAACAGUCACGACUUGGGGAAAUUAGUUUAAUUUAUUACCAAACUAAUCAGAGCAGGAAAAUGAGAAAUAAAACCAAAUAUUAAAAACACCUUCCACCUACCCCUUUCUUCUUCCUAGGCUCAACUUCGCCCCCAAAUUCUCUACAUCCUUCCACCCACCAUCACAGGGGGAUGGGGAAUGGAGGUUACGGUCAGUUCAUCACAUGUUAUUUCUGCUUUCCUUCCUCCGUGGGGGUUGGACUCCUCACACCCCUCCUCUGCUUCAGUAUGGGGUCCUUCCCAUAGAAGACACCUCUCCAAAACUUCUCCAACACAAGUCCUUCCUGUGGGCUACAGUUCUUCAUUAACUGCUCCAGUGAAGGCUUCCCACAGAGUUGCAGCCUCAUUAGGGCAUCCCCCUGCUCCCAUGUGGGAUCUCCACAAGCUGCAGGUGGGUCUCUGCUCCACUAUGGACUUCCGUGAGCUGCAGGGGGACAGCUGCUUCACGUGGUCUGUGCCACAAGCUGCAGUGAAAUCUCUGCUCUGGCACCCAAAGCACCUCUUACUCCUCCUUCUUCAGUGAUCUUGGUGUCUGCAGAGUUGUUCCUCUCCCAUAUCUUCACUCCUCUCUCUGGCUGCAGUUGCACAGGUUUUUUCCCCCCUUCUUAGCCGAGGUGUUGCCACUGUUACUGAGGGGCUCAGCCUUGUCCAGCAGUGGAUCUGUCUUGGAGCUGGCUGGCACUGGUUCUGUUGGACACAGGGGAAGCUUCUGGCACAUUCUUAGAGAAGCCACCCCUCACUACCAUGACCUUGCCACACAAACCCCAACUGCCUGACUUGGAGGAGUUGCAGGAAUUGCUGGGCACAGAUACCUUUGGGUGAGAAAUCGCUGCCCCCACCGUGUCCCAUAACUAGAGACCCCUUGGUCCAGGUGACUAAAGAUGACAAGCACAAAGCCAAAAUCCCUUCCAGAGUGGCAGCAGUGGCUGGUUUGGCGUGGGGUUGGGGGUGCCAGGGAGUGUGGCUGUGCUGCUCCCUGCCCAGCUGUGUGCCUGUUCCUGAUGAAGCAGUAGAGCAAGCCAAGGAAGGGCUCAGGUGUGGGGCAUGGGAGAACAAGUGGCUGGUGGUGUGGGGGAAGGACAACCAUCCCAGAGUGAAAUGCCAUCAUCAGGCAGAUCUCACAAUGUCUUCUGAUGGCACUGCCAAAGCUGGCUAGUUCUUUGUGGAUGGUUUUACCCAUUACAGUUCAACCCCCCCCCCCCCAAC